AUGACGCCCUUCAAGGCACUAUAUGGUCAUGACCCACCUACCCUCCUUAAGCUCACCGAUUAUCCCUCCUUGGUGGAGGAUGUGAACCACCAAAUUCGAGAGCACAAUGCCAUCCUCCAGGAACUCAAGCACAACCUGGAAAGUGCUCAAGUCCACAUGAAAAUGCAAGCAGAUCACCACUACAAAGAUAUCAAUUUUGUUCCAAGUGACAAUGUUUAUCCUAGGCUUCAGCCCUAUAAAUUCAAGUCCUUGGCAAAAAAAUUGAAUGAGAAAUUUAGCCCAAGGUUUUAUUGUCCUUUUUCGAUGCUAGAGAAGGUCGGUCAGGUGGCCUAUAAGCUGAAAAUUCUGCCCAAAGCCCGCAUUCAUCCCGUAUUCCAUAUGUCCCAGCUUAAGCGCAAUCUUCACAUAUCAGUCCCCAUUCAGCCCCUGCCUCUUAGCUGUGCAGACCCUUCUUGA